CUCUCCGGGAAGUCGGCGUCCCGGGCAAAGCGCACCUGGCGCGCGCCUCCUCCAGGCUCCCCGCUGUCGGCCCCGGGCGAGCCGGCGGGGUUCUUGGGAGGCAGCGCGCGGCGGGCUCGGGAACGGCCCCUCUCAUGGGUCCCCGGCAGCGGAGCACCGAGCGGAGGGGCGCGGACCGCAGUUAUAUCAACAUGCCCUCUUUCCUGUUGCUGGAAGCCAUCUGCAUUUUCCUGUUUGCCGAAGUGCCCCCAUCCCUCCCUCUUCAGGAAGUCCACGUGAGCAAGGAGACCAUUGGGAAGAUUUCAGUCGCCAGCAAAAUGAUGUGGUGCUUGGCUACGGCAGACAUCCUGUUUCUUUUAUCGACGGCUCACAGCAUUGGGAAAGGGAGCUUUGAAAGGUCCAAGCACUUUGCCAUCAUGGUCUGUAAUGCUCUGGACAUCAACCCCAGGAGGGUCAGGGUGGGAGCGGCCCAGUUCAGUUCCGCCCCUCGUCUGGAAUUCCCCAUGAAUGCAUUUUCAACCCAACAGGAAGUGAAGGCAAGAAUCAAGAGGAUGGUUUUCAAAGGAGGACGUACAGAGACAGGCCUUGCUCUGAAAUACCUUCUGCGUAAAGGAUUCCCUGGGGGCAGAAAUGCCUCUGUGCCCCAGGUCCUCAUCACUGUCACCGACGGGAGGUCCCAAGGGCAUGUGGCCCCGCCAGCCAAGCAGCUGAAGCAAAGGGGCGUCACCGUGUUUGCUGUGGGGGUCUGCUUCCCAGGGUGGGAGGAGCCGCGCACGCUGGCCAGCGAGCCAAGGGGGCAGCACGUGCUGAUGGCCGAGCAGCUGGGGGACGCCGCCCACGGCCUCUCCAGCACCCUCAGCGGCUCUGCCACGUGCACCAUUGCCUUUCCGGACUGCAAGGUCCAGCCUCAGCCCUGUGAGCGCAGGACGCUGGAGAUGGUCAGGCAGCUUGCCGGCCAGGCCCCGUGCUGGAGGGGAUCUCGGGGGACCAAGGCCGUGCUGGCUGCGCUCUGUCCCUUUUCCAGCUGGAAGAGAGUGUUCUUAACCCACCCUGCCACCUGCUACAGGACCACCCGCCCAGGCCCCUGUGACUCGCAGCCCUGCCAGAAUGGAGGCACGUGUGUUCCAGAAGGACUGGACAGGUACCACUGCCUCUGCCUGCCGGCCUUUGGAGGGGAGGCUGACUGCGCCCCGAAGCUGAGCCUGGAGUGCAGAGCCGACGUGCUCUUCCCGCUGGCCGGCUCAGUGGCUGCCACCCCGGAGGGCUUCCUGCGGGCCAAGGCCUCCGUGAAGCGGUUCGUGCCGGCGGCGCUGAGCGAGGACUCCCGGGCACGCAUGGGCGUGGCCCACUACGGCGCCGAGCUGGCCGUGGCCAUGACUGUGGGCGAGUACCGGGACGCGGACCUGGUCGGGAGCCUUGACGACCUGCCCUUCGGUGGUGGUGCCGCCCUGACAGAACGGGCCCUGCGGUAGGCGGCGGAGCGCUGCUCCCGGAACGGGCCUACCGGCCCUGCCAGGGCUGUGGUCCUGAUGACCGAGGCGCGCUCUCAGGACCAGGUGCCCGGCCCGGCGCGUUUCGCCAGGGCCCGGGAGCUGCUCCUGCUGGGCGUGGGCAGCAAGGCCGUGCGGGCGGAGCUGGAGGAGGUCACGGGCAGCCCGGAGCACGUCAUGAUCUACGCCGGCCCGCAGGACCUGUUCGGCCAAAUCCCGAAGCUGCGGGGAAAGCGGUGCAGCCAGCAGCGCCCAGGCUGCCAGGGCCAGUCGCUGGACCUGGUCUUCAUGUUGGCCUCGGCCUCUGUGGGGCCCGAGGACUUCGCCCAGAUGCAGAGCUUCGUGAGAAGCUGUGCCCUCCGGUUUGACGUGAGCCCUGACGUGACACAGAUUGGCCUGGUGGUGUAUGGCGGCCGGGUCCAGACAGCCUUUGGGCUGGACCCCCGCACUGUAGCACUGCAGGCCAGGAGCCAGGCCCCCUACCUGGGUGGGGUGGGCUCGGCAGGCAUGGCCUUGCUGCACAUCUGUGACAAGGUGAUGACGGUCCGGAGGGGCGCCCGGCCUGGUGUCCCCAAGGCUGCAGUGGUGGUCACGUGUGGGAGGGCAGAGGACGUGGCCGUCCCUGCCCAGAAGCUUAGGGACAGCGGCGUCUCUGUCUUGGUGAUGGGCAUGGGGCCCGUCCUGAGGGAGGCACUGUGGAGGGUCACAGGUCCCUGGGACUCCUUGGUCCACGUGGCAGCCUACGCAGACCUGAGGCACCACCAGGACAUGUUCAUCGAGUGGAUAUGCAGAGAAGCCAAGCGGCCAGUUAACCUCUGCACACCCAGUCUGUGCAUGAGCGAGGGCACCUGCGUCCUGCACAACGGGAGCUACCGCUGCGAGUGCCGGGAUGGCCGGGAGGGCCCGCACUGUGAGAGCCGUGAGUGGGGCGCCUGUGUGCACUCGGGAGCUGGGGUGCUGUUCUGAGUCCUGAGCCCCAGGGCCACAGCCAAAGGAGGCUCUAGGGCAUCAGUGGAAGGAAUCAAUCAUUUGUUCGUUCAUGCAGGAAACAUUUAGUGGGUGCCUCCUACAUCCCAGGUGCCAUUCUAGGUGCGGGGAACAGAGCAGGAAGCAGGACAGAG